CGGCUUAAAAAAACACGUCAGUCUGGCCUUUGUCUGGUCAAACACCUUGAUGCCGAUGCGCCAUCGACGCCCGGGCUAAGCAGCAGAAUCGCCAUGGGCUUGGAAAAGGUCAAGCACGUUGUGCUGGUGCUUUCCGGCAAGGGAGGCGUGGGCAAAUCCUCGGUGACGACGCAGCUGGCCCUGUCUCUGACGCUUGCCGGCCAUUCGGUGGGAAUCCUCGACGUCGACCUGACCGGCCCAUCCAUCCCGCGCAUGCUGUCGAUCGAGGCCUCCAAGGUCACGCAGAUCCCAGGAGGAUGGGCUCCGGUUCCCGUCCACGAGGCAGAGCCGGAAAACGGCCUGGGGAGUCUACAUGCCAUGAGUCUGGGAUUCCUGCUGCCCCAAAGAGGCGACGCAGUGGUGUGGAGGGGCCCCAAGAAGACGGCCAUGAUUCGGCAGUUCCUCAAGGACGUUCUAUGGGACGAGACCGACUACCUCCUCAUCGACACACCUCCGGGAACCAGCGACGAGCAUAUAUCACUGGCUGAAACGCUACAGAGAGACGCCCGCCCAGGCCAGGUGGCCGGCGCGGUGGUUGUGACGACACCCCAGGCAGUGGCCACCGCGGACGUGCGCAAAGAGCUCAACUUUUGCGUCAAGACGGGCAUCCGCGUGCUGGGAGUGGUGGAGAACAUGAGCGGCUUCGUCUGUCCACACUGCUCCGAAUGUACCGACAUUUUCGGGUCCGGGGGUGGGAAAUCCAUGGCGGAGGAGUUCAAGGUGCCGUUUCUAGGAUCCGUGCCCAUCGAUGCGCAGUUUAUUGCCCUCGUCGAAGAAGGCCAGCGGCCGCAUUACCCGGCAGGAACGGUGGUCAAUGGCCGGGACAUUUCGAGCGAUGAGAAGAAGCUCGACAACACACAGAACAAGGGCGACGGGACGCUGGUUGACAAGUACAAGGACUGUUCAUUGUUCCACAUAUUCGUAGGCAUAACCGCCCAGCUCAAGGAGAAGGUGACCGGGGCAGAAAUUACAUGA